AAGAAAAAGGGAGAGAGAAAAGUGGGAAAUGGCGAACCCUCCGAAGCCAUGGAAAGCAGAGUAUGCAAAGUCAUCAAGAUCUUCAUGCAAGACUUGCAAGAUUCCCAUUAACAAGGAGAUUCUCAGGCUCGGCAAGAUGGUUCAAUCCUCCCAUUUUGAUGGCUUCAUGCCUAUGUGGAACCAUGCUUCUUGCAUCUUAAAGAAACCGAAGCAGAUAAAAUUGGUUGAUGAUGUUGAAGGGCUAGAAUCGCUUCGUUGGGAAGAUCAGGAAAAGAUCAGAAAGUAUAUUAAUAGUGCUGCGGUGUCGAAUUCUCCAGCUUCUGCUUCUGCUUCUGCUUCUGCUUCAGCUUCAGCUUCUGCUUCUGCAGUUGUACAAUGUGGCAUAGAAGUUUCACAAACAUCUCGUGCUACUUGUCGCUGCUGUAACGAAAAGAUUAUGAAGGGAGAGAUUCGGAUAUCAACCAAGCCUGAAGGCCAAGGUGCAAGAGGGUUGGCUUGGAACCAUGCCAAGUGUUACAUGGAAGCAUCACAGAAAUCUCGAGUGGAGAGCUUUUCUGGAUGGGAAAGUCUAUCACCCUCCGACCGUGCUACAGUUCUUGCAUUCGUUAAGAAGAAUCCUCAGACAGCAAACGAGGAGAAGGAACUUGUGCUCGAAUCAUCAGCAAACAAAGGUGGUGCAAAGAGGAAAAGAGCCGUUGAAAAUGAUCAGAAAUUGAAAGUUUCUAAAGCUGCAGUAAAUGCGUGUUCGAACUCAAGUAGUGUUAAAAGUAAAAACUUGGUAGAUGAAAAAUCUGAAGCGGCUGUUUUGGAAAGCCAACUAGAGAUGCAGACUAAGGAUCUGUGGACCGUUAAAGAUGAUCUGAAAAAGUACGUCGUUACAUCAGAGUUAAGAGCGAUGCUUGAAGCCAAUGAGCAGGACUCGAAAGGAUCAGAGUUCGAUCUGAGGGAACGCUGUGCUGACGGAAUGUUCUUUGGAGCACUUGACAAAUGCCCAAUGUGUUCUGGAUGGCUCCGUUAUUCGUCGGGAAUGUAUAGAUGCGGUGGAUAUUUGUCAGAGUGGACUAAGUGUUCGUAUUCUACAACCGAGCCUCCACGUGUUAAUGGGAAGUGGAAAAUCCCUGAAGAAACGGGCAAUCAUUAUCUUCUCGAGUGGUUUAAGUCGCAAAAGGUGAAUAAACCAAAACGAGUGCUCCCUCCAAAUUCACCUUUCGGACCAUCUGGCAGCGGUCAACCCUCUAAUGAGCUAAGUCAAUCGUUCAAGGUUGAAAGUAUUGGAGACUUACAAGUUGCCAUUGCUGGAAUACCUAAAGAAUCAAUGGAGGAGUGGAAGAAGAAAAUUGAGGGAGCAGGUGGACAAUUUCAUGUGAAAAUAAAAAAAGGAACCAAUUGCUUCGUUGUAAACGGUAUGUUGGACGACAAUGCCGCUGAGGUAAAGAAGGCAAGGAGGAUGAAAUUGCCAAUUGUGAGGGUAGAAUAUUUGAUCGAGUGCUUUAAAAGACAGCAAAAACUCCCCUUUGCCUCGUACCUAGUUGAGUCCAUUGAAAAGACGCAUGGUGUGUCGACUGUUAAGGUGAAAGUUAAAGGGCAAAGUGCUGUGCACGGGUCUUCUGGCUUACAAGAUUCCGGGCAUAUUCUUCACGACGGAAAAAGUAUAUACAAUACAACGUUGAAUAUGUCCGACUUGUCAACCGGUGUUAAUAGUUAUUAUAUCCUUCAAAUCAUUCAAGAUGAUAAGAACUCCAACUGCCAUGUGUUCCGGAAAUGGGGUCGAGUUGGAAACGAAAAAAUUGGCGGGACAAAAUUGGAACAAAUGUCGAAAACUUGUGCCAUACAAGAAUUCAAACGGUUGUUUCUAGAGAAAACUGGCAACUCAUGGGAGGCGUGGGAAGAUAAGAAAGAUUUCCGAAAGCAACCUGGCAGAUUCUAUCCUUUGGACAUUGAUUACGGGGUGAAAGAUUUGUCUAGAAAGCAGCUUAAUUUCAGUAGCAGCAAACUUGCACCUCAGUUGGCGGAAUUGAUGAAGAUGCUUUUCAAUGUCGAGACAUACAGGGCUGCUAUGAUGGAAUUCGAGAUCAAUUUAUCAGAAAUGCCACUGGGAAAACUUAGCAAAAGUAAUAUCCAAAAAGGUUUCGAGGCGUUAACACAAAUACAGGAUUUGUUGAGCAGCACUGCUUAUGCUCCUAGCAUCAGAGAGAAUCUUAUAGUUGAUGCCAGCAACAAAUUUUUCACGGUUAUUCCUUCUAUCCAUCCACGCGUUAUUAAGGACGAGGACGACUUUAAAUCGAAGGUGAAAAUGCUGGAAGCACUACAAGACAUUGAAAUAGCAUCUAGCCUCGUUGGUCUCGAUACAGACAAUGACGACUCAGUUGACGACAAGUACCAAAAAUUACGUUGCGAUAUUUCUCCUCUUUCUCGUGACAGUGAGGAGUUUCAACUGAUUGAGAAAUACCUCAAUUCGACGCAUGCUCCUACUCAUACAGAAUGGGCUCUUGAAUUGGAGGAAGUGUUUUCUCUUGAAAGACAAGGAGAAAUGGACAAGUAUGCCCCUUAUCGAGCAAAACUCAAGAACAAGAUGCUUCUCUGGCACGGGUCAAGGUUGACCAAUUUUAUUGGUAUACUUAGCCAAGGGUUGAGAAUUGCUCCUCCAGAAGCCCCGUCAACUGGCUACAUGUUUGGGAAGGGAGUUUACUUUGCUGAUCUAGUCAGCAAAAGUGCUCAAUACUGCUUUACUGACCGAAAGAAUCCAGUGGGACUAAUGCUUCUCAGCGAAGUUGCCUUGGGCGAGGUUCAUGAGUUAACAAAGGCGCAGUAUAUGGAUAAGCCUCCAAAAGGGAAGCACUCGACAAAAGGGCUUGGGAAGAAAGUGCCGCUAGAAUCGGAAUAUGUGGAAUGGAGGGACGUAGUUGUACCUUGUGGAAAACCGGUGGCAUCAAAAGUCAAGGCGUCCGAGCUUAUGUAUAACGAAUACAUUGUCUAUAAUACAGCUCAAGUUAAGAUGCAGUUCCUACUGAAGGUGAGGUUCCAUCACAAGAGGUGAUAGACCACAAAAAAUCCAGGGAUGUAUAGUACCGUUUUUUGUUUUUUUGGGGGGUUCGUUGCAAAUUUGGUGAAAUUAAUUUGCAGUUUUUGUGUAGUGGGAAUUUAAUAUGAGUUAGUUAGAUCUCAUUUUGGGGUUUGCUGGAGAUCUAACUCUCCUAUGAAUCUUGGUCUGAAUUAAGUGUGUUGUUGGACUAUUGCCAGAACAAAUGUGCAUCUCUGUGUUUUUUUGUUUUU